AUGACGAUCUCAUACAACCUUGAUGUCUCGUCGGUUUCGUCGACCACCUAUCUAAAGUUACUCCUACGAUGGCGCGGAUCCAUAUGGAAAUCUGUGAAAACAGAAUUCGGCAUAUGGACUGUUAGUUAUUAUACUGUAUUUGCUAUAUACCGCUAUGUUUUAAACUCUUAUCAGCAAAGAAAAUUUGAAAAGAUCGCCUUCUAUUGUGAUGGAAAGCUCGACUAUAUACCACUGACGUUUAUGCUCGCCUUUUUUGUGAAUGUGAUCGCCGAUCGAUGGACGAAAAUCUUCAACAAUAUGGGAUGGAUUGAAAACAGUGCUUUAACACUAUCGGCUCUGCUGAAAAGUGAAAGUAAUGAAGAAGAUGCUAGGCUUAUGCGUCGAUCGAUAACCCGCUAUAUGAUACUUAGUCAGAUUUUAACGUAUCGUGAUAUUUCUAUCCAAGUACGGCGGCGAUUUCCUGAUAUAUACUGGGUUCCAAUAAACUGGGCUCUGAAUGUAGCAGUGAAAGCCUACUCGAAGAAUUAUAUCGAAUCCUCGCCUAGUUUGAACUUCUUGCUCAAGGAAAUCCUCGAUUUUCGUACAAGUCUUGCACUUUUAUGUAACUAUGAUUGGGUACCAAUACCAAUAGCUUAUCCUCAGGUUGUUUUUCUCGCCGUUCGCUCCUACUUUCUUAUUUGCCUCGUUUCGCGACAAUCUCUUAUUGGAGAUGGAGCUCCAGCUGAAACGACGAUCGAUAUCUAUGUACCAUUCAUGACAAUGCUACAGUUCCUCUUCUUCGUUGCUUGGAUGAAGGUAGCUGAGGCCUUGUUGAAUCCUCUCGGCGAGGACGAUGACGACUUUGAAUGCAACUUUCUAAUCGACCGAAAUAUCGGUAUUGGUAUGGCAAUUGUUGACCAAACAUGUGGUGAACAUCCUACGCUGAGAAUGGACGAUUUAUCGAAACGCGAUUUCUCACACUACAAUGGAGCCGCCGGCGAGCACGCACUUGUUGGAUCAGCUGCUACCGUUCUGUAA